AUGCAGGGGACGGUUGGAUCGGGCCUAUGCUAUGUGGUGAUGUCAUCGUGUGUCAAACAACGGGGUCCUGUCUUCAUCUCAGCAUUCAGCCCCUUCAUACAGAUAUUUGUUGCUGUCUUUGAUAUCUCCAUCCUACAUGAACAGAUUCACCUUGGAAGUGUUCUGGGAUCCAUUCUAGUUAUUGCUGCUAUGUAUAUACUCCUAUGGGGUAAAAGUAAUGAAGCAGAGACUUGUGCAAUUAAGCAGACUCAUCAAGGAGAAGAGGACGGAGAUUGCAAUCGGGUGUUACAAUCAAGUCCAAUCGCUAUCAACCCUAGUACAGCUUAUACACUCUCCCUAUGCGUCAUAUUAAAUGUGGUUUACUUCGCCUCUACAAAAGGAUUUCUUGACAGGAUUAGCAUUUAGAAAGCAACGGUACUUAACGAUGUAUAAUUAUUAUUUGCCACUACUGCAGGUAUCUCUUUACAGGUAAACAUGCGAAGGUCUAGUGUCCACACUUAAAAAUGAAUACUCC